AUGUCCCACGUGUCAUCCACAGAGAUGAAACUGUCCAACAAGGAAGAUCACGAACAACCAAUGACUGAGCAUGUUGGGUGGAUCGGAUCGAAUGUGAUCAUGAUGAAAACACAAAUUGGUCUUGGUGUCCUCGCUAUUCCGGCCGCGUUCGAUAAACUGGGUAUUGUUCCAGGAGUUAUCUGCCUAUGUGCUGUCGGGGCCAUUACUACUUGGUCAGAUUACAUGGUUGGUGAUUUCAAGCGCCCGUCAUCCCCAGGUUUACGGGCUGGACGAUGCGGGUGCCUUGAUGUUUGGCCGCAUAGGUCGGGAGUUCUGCGGACUUACGUUCUGUUUAUCAAUCACGGAGCGUGUACUGCUGUUUUCGUUGUUGUGGCUGCCAUAAUCGGAUUUUUCUGUUCGAGUAUUUGCACUCUUGGACGCAUCUCCUGGCUCGCGUGGGUUGGACUGUCAACGUUUCUCACCGCUAUCCUCAUUGUGACCAUUGCUGUUGCUGUACAGGAGCGCCCCGCCGCUGCCCCUCAGGAUGGUGUCUGGAUCUCAGAUUACAAGAUUGUCAACAAUCCCAGUUUCACCGAUGCGGUCUCGGCAGUAUCUACUAUGGUCCUGGCCUACUGCGGUACUCCUGCAUUCUUCAAUAUUAUUGCAGAAAUGCGCGACCCCCGUCGCUAUAAUCGAUCUCUGUUCAUUGCACAGGGCGGAGUGAGUGGUGUUUACAUCCUGAUCGGCUGUAUGGUUUACUACUACUGCGGAUCAUAUGUGGCCUCGCCCGCUCUUGGUUCUGCUGGUGGAACCGUGAAGCGGAUUUCCUAUGGUAUCGCUCUACCUGGGCUGUUAGUUAGUAUUACUAUCACCUCGCAUAUAUCAGCAAAGUUCUUCUUCAUCCGUCUCUUAAGAGGGACACAGCACCUUACUUCCAACAGUUUUAUCCACUGGGGGACGUGGCUUGGCUGCACACUAGGCGUUACACUGGUGGCUUAUGUUAUCGCUAGUGCGAUCCCUGUAUUUGACAGCCUUGUUUCCCUAGUCGGAGCUCUUCUUGGAACCCUUAUCUCUUUUCAGCCAUACGGGUGCAUGUGGCUGUAUGAUAAUUGGCAUAGUGGCAAGGCCAAACCAUCUUUCAAGUGGGCGCUUGGGGUGGCUUGGGCUCUGAUUGUGAUACUUUCCGGUACAUUCCUCACAAUAGCCGGUACUUACGGAGCUGCUGUUAAUAUCGUUAAGUCCUAUAGCGAGGAUGGCGGGUCUUCUCCUUGGUCAUGCGCUGAUAACUCAAACUCUGUAUAG